AUGCGGGCUCGAAGCCAAUGGCUCCUCCGGCCGACCAUUGCGUCCAUCCCAGCGGCUCGACGAUGCUUCGCCGCUGAAGCUGCUGCGGCCGGGUCGUCGGCGCCGCGCAGCUCGGGAGGGCAGAGCGAGAGGACCUCCUCCCGAGUGAAGCCGAAGCCGCCGCCGUUCCCUACGAUCCCGACGUGCCCCUCGCCGACCUGCUCGUGCGCGCCCAUGCCGGGGGACCUGGACAUUGACCACAAGAGCCCGCUCAACGGGGUCAUGGCCGGGUAUGCGGAGCACGUGCUGGUGUGCACCGGGCAGGACGACUGGGUGUCGCGGAUCGAGGAGGAGAACAGCGGGGAUAACCUUGCGGCGGACUUGAAGGAGCUAUUUGGGCGUGGCGGCAAGUACAGAGACCCGUUCCACAACGUCUCCGUGCUGAACUCGUCGAUGCCCAGCUCGAUCCCGCCGCGCCGCGAAGUGCAGACCACAUCGGCGUACAUUCUCCCGUCGUUCAAGUACGUGCCCUUCCUCCCGCGCGUGUCCUUCGAGGCCGUCCAGGCGCUGGCCAAGGGAUACCUGCUACCGACUACGCUUCACGCGGCGCACGGGGGACUGUCCCCGAUACAUCGCGAUUUGAUGACGCGGGACGAGACGUACAGGAACCUGCUGCCCGGUGUGCAGGACGUGGACGAGGUGCUGGUGCUGAUCUGCGGGCACGGCGGGCGGGAUGCGAGGUGCGGCGUGAUGGGCCCGCUGCUGCGGAGUGAGUUUGAGGAGAAGCUGGGGAGGACGGACGGGUUCGAGGUGCGGACGGGGCCUGUGGUGGUUCGCGAUGCGGUGGAGGAGGCGAGCCAGAUUGAGGGCAUCGUGGGGGAGGAGGAGAAGGUGACGGGGGUGAGGGUCGGGCUGGUGAGCCACAUCGGCGGGCACAAGUUUGCAGGCAACGUGAUUAUCUACCUGCCUCCCAAGCUGCAAAGGGGUGGGAAGCCGCAUCCAUUGGCAGGGAAGGGGAUCUGGUACGGGAGGGUUGAGCCGAAGCAUGUGGAGGGAUUGGUGAACGAGACGGUGGUCAAGGGGAAUGUUGUGGAGGAUAUGUUUAGGGGGGGUAUAGAUUCGGACAGGAAGAUCUUACGGUUAUGA